AAUAAUAAUAUAAUAUAGGACACUUUUUUGGGUGUAUAUUAUAAAACAAAAAGCUAGUCUCGAAACAUGUCACAACAACUACUUUACAUAUAAAGACAAAACAUACACUACACACUCACUCCAUUUUUGUUUUCUCUCUCUCUCUCUCUCUCUCGAUUCUUUCUUCUUUCUUUCUUCUUCAUCUUCAUUUUCCCAUGUUUAAAUGUUUUUCAAAAUGUGGAGAAUAAUCCCAAACCCAGCACUAGUAGUACUAACAAUAGUACUAGUACUGCUCUUGAUCCAGUGCGACGCGAGUGCAGCGGAGCUCAGUGAAGAAGAGAGGACUAUUGGGCUUAGUAGGGCCCAUUUUCCGAAGAGCUUCGUGUUCGGUACGGCCACCUCCGCUUACCAGGUCGAGGGUAUGGCCCAUAAAGACGGUCGUGGGCCCAGCAUUUGGGAUGUUUUUGCUAAUACUCCUGGGAUUAUUGCUAAUAAUGGGUCGGCAGAUGUUACAGUAGACCAAUAUCACCAUUAUAAAGAAGAUAUUGACAUCAUGAAAAAGCUAAACUUCGAUGCGUAUCGGUUUUCAAUUUCUUGGUCUAGAAUUUUCCCAGAAGGAACUGGAAAAGUAAAUUGGAAAGGAGUUGCCUAUUACAAUAGAUUGAUCAACUAUAUGCUUAAAAGAGGGAUUACUCCAUAUGCAAAUCUUUAUCAUUAUGAUCUUCCUGAAGCAUUGGAGAAAAAGUAUUCGGGAUUGCUUAGCGAACAAGUCGUAAAAGAUUUUGCCGAUUAUGCAGACUUUUGUUUCAAGACAUUUGGAGACAGAGUAAAGAAUUGGAUGACAUUCAACGAGCCUCGAGUUGUGGCUGCGCUUGGGUACGAUAAUGGGCUUCAUGCUCCGGGAAGGUGCUCGAAAGCAUAUGGAAAUUGUAGAAUUGGGAACUCAGCAACAGAGCCUUACAUUGCAGCUCACAAUAUGAUCUUAUCUCAUGCUGCUGCAGUUCAUAGAUACCGCAAAAAGUACCAAAAAAAACAAAGGGGAAAGAUUGGGAUCUUGUUGGAUUUUGUUUGGUAUGAGCCUCUUACGAGAUCAAAGGCGGAUAACUAUGCAGCGCAAAGAGCCCGAGACUUUCAUGUGGGAUGGUUCAUUCAUCCGAUCGUGUACGGUGAGUAUCCAAGAUCGAUGCAAGGAAUAGUAGGCAAAAGGCUACCCAAAUUCACAAAAGAACAGGUUAAAAUGGUGAAGGGCUCAAUUGAUUUUGUUGGUAUAAAUCAAUACACUACAUUUUAUGUAGCUAAUUCACAUAAACCAAAACCAAAGGUGUUGGGAUACCAAAGGGAUUGGAAUGUAGACUUUGUUUAUGAAAAGAAUGGAGUUCCUAUAGGGCCUAGAGCUAAUUCCUAUUGGCUCUACCAAGUACCAUGGGGUUUGUACAAAUGUUUAACUUACAUAAAAGAACAUUAUGGAAAUCCAACUGUGAUCCUAUCCGAAAAUGGCAUGGAUGAUCCGGGCAAUGUGACACUGGCUCGGGGAUUACAUGACACAACGAGAAUCAAAUUCUAUGAAAGCUACUUGACUCAACUGAAGAAGGCGGUCGAUGAAGGAGCUAAUGUGGUCGGCUACUUUGCAUGGUCAUUGCUUGACAAUUUCGAGUGGAGAUUAGGUUACACUUCGAGGUUCGGGAUUGUCUAUGUUGAUUUUCAUACCCUCAAGAGGUAUCCAAAGAUGUCUGCUUAUUGGUUCCAAAAACUUCUCAAAAGAAAUUAGUAGUCAUACUUGACACUAUCUGAAUUUCAAUUAGACUUUUCUCUUCUAAUUUUCAGUUUUUAAGAGACUAGCAAAUUUGCUAAAGAGACACUAAUGAAUAAUUACUUUUUUAUUUAGUUGGACAAUUAGUGUUUGUGUUUUUAUUUAGUUUAAUAAAUUAUCUUCUUAAUUUGGAA